UUAGGUGUUGGCCGACUUGGCAUCUGUACAGCUCUUUGCCUGGAGAAGGCUGGAUACCAUGUCUUGGGAGUAGAUGUGAACUCUGCAUACAUCGACAAGAUCAACAAGAAGACACUGAACAGCCCGGAGCCCUCAGUCAACGAGAUGUUGGCGACGAGCAAAAACUUCCGAGCGACCACGGACGAGGACGAGGGAGUUGAGUUUGCAGACGUGAUCAUGAUAGUCGUUGCUACUCCAUCGACGGGUGUGGACGACCGACACUACGAUCACUCGGCGCUCAGUAUGGUCUUGUCUUCUCUCAACAAGCGCAAGUUGCACAACAAACAUAUCGUCAUCUGCUGCACUGUUCUCCCAGGGUACUGCAGGAAAGUUGCGAAUUUCCUCGUCAAGGAUUGCGUCAACACAACCAUCUCGUACAACCCAGAAUUUAUUGCUCAGGUGAUGUAUUUGCUCCUAUGCUAUUUGCAAACAGACAUGGUGCUGAUCGGAGAAGGGACGAAAGAUGCUGGCGAUGUCCUUGAGACGAUGUACCGAAGAAUGGUUGAGAAUGAGCCUGAGAUCAGGAGAAUGUCGCCGGAGAGUGCAGAGAUCUGCAAGCUUGCAAUUAAUUGUUUCAUCACUACCAAGAUCGCCUUCGCCAACAUGAUCGGAGAUGCUGCUGACAACACUGAGGGGGCAGACAAGACAGACAUUCUUGAAGCUGUUGGGUGUGACUCAAGGAUUGGAAGCAAGUGCUUGAAACCUGGAUACGGGUUCGGAGGGCCAUGCUUCCCGCGCGACAACAGAGCGCUGGGGCAUCACAUGCGGAGUGUGGGAGUGGAGGUGAGA